GAGGAGGCCGGUAACAGCUGAUUGCCAGACGGCGAGUCGGACCACAGAGUUUCAAAGACAAAUUAUCCUUUUAGGCAAUUGCAGUUAGGUCAUUCCCUCUCAGGACCACCUAUCAAACACUCAUAAAGAUGACCAUGCUAAUCCAUACUAAGGCCAUUCAACCUAGGAUACUGCAGGUCUCACCCAUUGGGAGGAGGUGGUUAGUGCGACCGUUUCACAAGUCUUUUUUGUGCCAGAGUGUUUCUGUUAAAGAUGAUAGCUAUCAAUAUAUCCAAAAAUCCAAGGUUCCUACAAUGCACUUUCAGAAAUCUCUGCUUCGCCUCCCAAUUCCAGAAUUAGAGAAAACCUGCACUCGCUAUCUUCGUUCACAAAAGGCAAUCUUGUCACCUGAAGAAUAUCAGGUAACAGAGAAGGCUGUAGAACACUUCAAGACUGGGCCUGGUUUAGACUUGCAAGUUCAACUGAAGCAGCAUGACAAGGCUAAUAAACAUACCAGCUAUAUAUCAGGACCUUGGUUUGACAUGUAUCUGAGGGACCGUGUUCCUGUCGUACUGAACUAUAACCCUUUUCUUGCCUUCUUGCCUGAAGAGAAACCUGGUUACUCUGACCCAGUCAUUCGUACUUCAAAUAUCCUUGUUUCAUCAAUGAGGUUUAUGCGCACACUUCGUGAGGAGGUAUUGGAGCCGGUGGUAUAUCAUCUCAAUCCAGCAAAAACUGAUAAUCAACGAUUCCGCAAUAUUGUUCGCUGGAUACCAUCAUCUGUUGCAUCAUAUGGUGCUUAUGCUCAAAAGGUUUUCCCUUUGGAUAUGUCACAAUUUGGCAACCUUUUUAACUCCACACGCAUUCCAGAACUGGGAAAGGAUAGAUUGAAGUGCAAUCCAGAUGCUCGCCAUAUGCUUAUGAUGAAGAAUGGCCACUUCUAUGUAUUUGAUAUAUUUGAUAGGGAUGGUAACAUUCUGUCUCCAAGCUAUGUACAUGCAUGUGUAUCAUACAUAGCCAAUAGCCAGACCCCACCACCGUUGCAUUCCUUGGCCAUUCUGUCAUCUGAAAAUCGAGACACUUGGGCUAAGUGUAGAGCAGAACUUAUAGCAGCAGGGAAUGAGGAAGCCCUGGAUGCAAUUGAUACUGCCGCUUUCAACAUUGUGCUUGAUGAUCAUGAUGUUGGCACAGAUCCGGAGAAGAUGUAUCGUACUUUUCUCUAUGGCAAUGGCAAGAACAGAUGGUUUGAUAAAUCAUUCUCCAUAUUAAUGACACGUGAUGGACAGUCUGCACUUAACUUUGAGCAUGCCUGGGGUGAUGGAGUAGCUGUGAUGAGUUACUUUAAUGAGGUAGCCAAAGAAAUAAAUGAAAAGCCGUUCAUUCACCCAGAUAGCAAGCCAGCAAAUAUUGAUGCCUCACAACAUGUCCGCAGGUUGGAAUUUAACUUGACUCCAAGUCUGAAACAAGCCAUUGAAAAUGCAGUUCAGACAUAUGAAGCAAACACCAGUGCACUACAGGUUGAUGUCUUGGAGUCUGAUGUAUUUGGGAAAAAUUCAUGCAAAAAACACAAAGUUUCUCCUGAUGCAAUGAUGCAGUUAGGAUUCCAGGUUGCGUAUUACCUCCAAAAUGGAACAACUGUUGCUACAUAUGAGUCAUGCAGCACUUCAGCAUUUAAACAUGGUCGCACAGAAACUGUCCGACCAGCUACUUUAGAAACUUCAGCAUUUUCAAGAGCAGUGGCAUCAUCCCAAACUCCUAGUAAUGCAGAAUUGAAAAGCAUCAUAAUGGAGUGCUCAAAAGUCCAUGGAAACUUGACCAAAGAAGCAGCGAUGGGGCAAGGGUUUGACCGUCACCUGUUUGGUUUACGUAAGAUGGCUGAAGCUGCUGGAGGUCCUCUACCGGUGCUAUAUACUGAUCCUGCUUAUGCAAAAAUUAACCACAAUAUUUUGUCUACUUCAACCUUGCCUUCCACUGCCAUCAGCUUUGGAGGCUUUGCUCCAGUCGUGCGUGAUGGCUUUGGUGUUGGUUACCAGAUCCAAGAUGACCGCUUAGGAAUAGUUCUGUCCUCGUAUCCUCCACACCGAGAUGGUGCAGGCUUCAUUGAAUGUGCUCAAAAGGCCUAUGAAAUAAUCUACAAUGUUCUGAAUAAAGCUUGAUGUAACUAAGAGUUAGCCAUGCAAAGUACAACUGAAACAAUGCAAGUCAGAUUAAUUAAAGGUAAUAGUUUAGUUUAGUGACAUUUAUUUUGCCAAGGAAAUAAUGCUAUUAAUGUUGUAAAAUGUGCCUUUAAUGACUUAGAUAAUUUAAUUUGAGUUCAUUCCCAGAUGUCAAAUGUCUAAGGACCAGUGGUUAUUCAGGAUGAAAAGCAAAAUUCUCUUAUCUGUAAAUAUACAUCUGUUUGAUAUUUUAGAUAUGAUUUUUGGGAAGUUUGUAUAAAAGAACCCAGAAGUUGUUUGAUUUAUUACAAAUAUAUGUAAUACAUAAACGGUAAAAAAUAAUACCUGCCAGUAGCUUAUGAAUGACUCAUAAGCAACAAAAAUGGACAUAAGGGAAUGAACUGAUAAUAUA